GAGGACAGUCUGUCUGGGCUCUGUUUAUCUCCAGCGCUGGUCUGUUUGGGCAGGAGGAGGCCACUGGCUGGACAGGGCGACACGCCUGAAGAUGAAAACACGGAGAGAGAGAGAGAGAGAAACUUCUGCUGGAUAUGCCUUUGGCUGUGUCUCCAGCUCCUUCACACAGAAACUUACCCGGACACUGCGCUUCUCUCUGCUUUAGACUCUGAAACUUUAACCAGCCUCACACUUUUUAACUUUUGUAGCACGGAAUCUAUUUUUUUUAAAAAUCUCGGAGAUUUCGCGGUGAUGAGCUUUCUGCGUAGACGCGCGUGUGUUGAAGCGCGCCCCCUAGCCCAUGCCCGUGUCCGGGAGGGAAGCUGCCUGUGAAAACUGAGGAGCUCAGCUCAGUGUGUGCGGCUAGGGGUCCUCACAUACUCUAACCUGCUCGCUUCUAAGUGCAUUGUUUAAGGGAUCUGCAUAAAGUGGCUCUCACAUCCGCGAGGACUGGCUAGUUCUGAAGGCUGUGCUAUUAAGUUCAGAACCUUUUUUUUGGAAUUACAGUUUCACUAAGAGUUGCCGAUGUUUGACUAAAUGAUGGACACUCAGUCAUUCCAAAGGAAAGGCAUUGUUGUGGAAUGAGAAACUCCUAUCGUCAGCUUGAAGAGCGUGUGGCUUAAAAAAUUCAAAGAUUACUUAUAAUAAAUUCAGAUUUAAAAAAACACUGGAAUACUGCUACUGUUUGUGCUGAACACUUAUCAACAUGAAUCGGGCUUUCAGUAGAAAAAAGGAUAAGAGUUGGAUGCAUUCGCCUGAAGCUCUCACAAAACAUUUUAUACCAUACACCGUAAAGUUUCUUGGCAAUUCUGAAGUUGAACAACCAAAGGGUACAGAAAUUGUGAAGGAUGCUGUUCGUAAACUCAAGUUUGCGAGGCAUAUCAAGAAGUCUGAGGGUCAGAAGACUCCCAAGGUUGAAUUACAAAUCUCAAUCUAUGGUGUUAAAAUCUUAGACUCCAAAACAAAAGAAAUGCUGCAUAAUUGCCAAUUACACCGAAUAUCUUUUUGUGCUGAUGACAAAACUGACAAGAAGAUAUUUACUUUUAUUUGCAAGGAUGCUGAAUCGAAUAAGCACAUGUGUUAUGUGUUCGAUAGUGAAAAGUGUGCUGAAGAAAUAACAUUAACUAUUGGCCAAGCUUUUGACUUAGCCUACAAGAAGUUUCUGGAAACGGGAGGAAAGGAUGUUGAAACAAGAAAACAGAUUGCAAGUUUACAGAAACGAAUUCAGGAAUUGGAAACUGAGAAUAUUGAGUUGAAAAAGAAAGUUCAAGAGAUGGAAAUUAAUGUCAGGGUCACUCAAGGUCCAUCAUCACCAAGAGGAAUGACUCCUCGCUCACCAAGCACAGAUCUGUUUGACAUGGUUCCAUUUUCACCAGCAUCGCCUCUUUUGCCAACACCAUCCAGCAAUGGCACAGAACUUCCUCCUUUACCUGUCAGAUCUUCUGAGACCAGAAGAGAUAUUUUUGGGGCUGAACCAUUUGACCCUUUCACCUCAGGUGGGGGAGAUUUUCCACCAGAUAUUCAGUCCAAACUGGAUGAAAUGCAGGAGGGGUUCAAAAUGGGACUAACUCUCGAAGGCACUGUGUUCUCUCUCGAUCCUCUGGACGGCAGAUGCUGACAUUAAGAAACUGAAUAUUUUCACAUUUGGAUCAUUAAACAUAUAGUGCCAAUGAAGUGCCAAAAAAUAAGUUUUUUUUUUGUUUUCCACAUUGUUUCAUAAUACCUCCCUUGUGUGAAUUUUUAACUUGAUUUUGCUUGCAUUCUCUUCUUAAUUUUCUUUGUCAGGUGAGAAAGUAACAUAGAAAAGUUGGUCACAACUUAUGUUAACAUAAAAUUUGCAUUCUCCCUGACACUUUAUGAAGCUAUCUGUUUCUAAUUUCUAAUACAUAUCCAAGGAAUUGAGCUCUUUUUUAAAAUUAGAAUUAGCAUUGCAUUAUAAUUGUCCUAAUUUUGAAAAGGAUUUUUAUUUAAGAAGCAAGUUCUACAUAUAUUUCAUCCAUCUAUGCAUUUGUGUGAAAAGUUAAUGAUGCAGAGUGUAACCAGAGACAUUGAAUAUAAUGACUUGCAUUUUCACUGGGUCUGUCUGACUUGGGGCCCUUCAGAAAUGGUGAGUGGGGUCCAAUUCUGGCAUUGCCUCUUCCAUUAUCAUUUCCAAAAGCUUUUCCCAGUCACCUGCUCUUUCCAAUUCUGUUGAGGGUGUUUAAUUCGAACCUCACACCUACCCCCACCUCACAUCCAGCUUAUUUCCAGCAGAUGUCUUUCCCACAUCCUUGGAAGGAUAUAUUUAAAGCAUCACUUACAAAAGGUUACUGGGAUACCAGAAGUUAUGUCCCACUGGAUAGUUUUAACUACUCCUCUGGCCUCUUACAGGCUCGCAGAGUCAGACUUUCCUUCUAGUGUAGGUUAGGCAAAGAUUGGUCAAGAUGAGGAAAGUCAUCAGUUCCAUCCAACUCUUCUUCUGUGGGCAUCUCUGGUGUCACUCUCACAGAAGUUUUCCACCACUUGGCUUAUCUAAAAGAUCAUUUCAGAUACCAAUUACUGUGCAUGAAGAUAUGUAUUCUCAUAGCAGUCCUUUUUGCUAGUUAGUACCUAUGCCUCCUUCUACUGCAGUUAUGGUUUACUUUCAAGCUGCUUUUCUACUCCAUGUAAUAUUAUUUAUGCCCAUAUAGGACCAUCUCUUACUCAGUACAGUUGAAAAUGAACAAAAAGAUGUCUUGCUCAUAACUCUUCCCUCAAAUAUAAAUGAUCAACCAUUUGGCCUUUUCUCCACUGCUUCCUGGACUUGGAUGUCUCCUUUGUGCCUCAACUAUAGAUGAAUGUAGUACUAAAAGUGUGGACUGAAUAGAGGAUUGAACACUUUUGGCUUUAUACCUUCAGAUUUACCCUCUGCUGAUCUGGCAGUAAAGCCUAAUCCUCAGUUUGACUCUCUACAUUUAGGGGAUUAUGGUAACUAUUAAGUGUAAAAUAAUUUACAACUCUCUUGCAACCUUUCCUCUUUAAAAGUUCAAUGUAAUUGAGCAGUUUGUCCCCUUUCUGUUCAUCCAAUAUGUAACAUCUUUGAAUUUCCUGUGUUGAAUUUCUUGCCAUUGUUAUCAAUUCAUAAUUAUCUAAGUUCUUCCGUAAAUUAGCUUAGCUAAAUCAUGAUGUUACACUGAUGCCCUCUCUAGAUUUAGUUGUAUCUACUAGUUUGGCUAACCUGCAUUAAUUUUAUGAACCCAGGUUAUUUAGGUAAAUAGAUCCCAGUAGCAACCCCUGAGGAAUGUCACUCAGUACGAGUCACUGGAUUAGUGGUGCUGGAAGAGCACAGCAGUUCAGGCAGCAUCCAAGGAACAGCGAAAUUGACGUUUCGGGCAAAAGCCCUUCAUCAGGAAUAAAGGCAGAGAGCCUGAAGCGUGGAGAGAUAAGCUAGAGGAGGGUGGGGGUGGGGAGAAAGUAGCAUAGAGUACAAUAGGUGAGUGGGAGAGGUGAUAGAUCAGGGAGGAGUUUGUUUCACGACAUGGUUGAAGAGCUUCAGGGCUGAGGAAAUGACUUGGGAGUUGCAGUGGGAGAGGGACUCCCUCAGAUGAGUCAGCCAGUUAUCGAUGCCUGUGUUCUUUGUGAGACAUUUAUUUUUCAAACAUAAAAGCAAAUUACAUAUUACUUUAAGAAGUCAUUUAUUGGUUUUUAAAAUUAAAAACUAGUGCAGAUUAUUUAAAUAUUAGCAAUCAUUUUAAUUUUAUCUCCAACUGUAUUUGGAGUAGUUUAUUAUUCUACCAGGUUACUUAGAUAUGUUUGAAGUGUAUCAUCUGAGGUGUAAUACUAAUCUAUUACUUGAACACUGCAAGAUGAUGAGUUAAAUCAAGAAACAUAAAAUGAAGGGUAAAUCAUUUAAACCUAGCAUUACUUUUACAAAAUCAAUGUAUUUCAAUAAAUUAUUAUAAAUAAAUAUCUGCAUGCUUUGCCAGUAUUUCAUAUAACUGUCUUUCUUGUUUGUAAUAUGCAGAAUCUAACAAGUCUUCCUACUUCUAUCUGCACCUUUUGCAAACGACAUUUUUUUUCGCUUUAAGAUUGGUCACAGUGAUAAUUUUCAGCGCUUUAAAUAUACUUAUCAGUAACCUGAGUAUAUUGUGAGGGUGGUGUAGUGUACCACUGCUUAUAUUAUCAGUGAUACCUUUUUUUCAAAAAUCAAACUGCACCUCUCAAGUAACUGUGUAGUCACUGGUCAGAGAUUAUAACAGAAUAGAGAUAAUUUUACAUGCACAUAAUUGUCUUCUUUUCAAAUCAUUUCCUGUCCCAAAUGUUAAAAUUGCGAUUGUUAGCACAGAAAUGGUGUUGGCAAUAUUUGUUUAACUUCACAUAUCUGUAGGAGUGACUGCUAAUGAAUUAACAAAACUUUGAUUUUUGUCAAUUCACUAGAGAAUAAGUAUAAUUUAGAUUCAUAACUGUAUGUGUUGUACCAGUAUCUGGUACUAUUAAAUAUACAUAAAGAAUACGCUGAACCAAAAAAGUUACGAUUGCUUCAUAGACGCGUACUAUUAUUGACCUUUGUAAACUGGAGGUAGACCAUGUCCGUAACACCAGUGUAUCUUUGUAAUGUCUAUUAGUUGUGAAAGUCUCCUUCGAUUACUGAUAAUAAACUUUUUUUAAAUAGUGAA